UACUGCAUAUACUCACUGCAGUUGAAUUGGACAUAACGGACGCGUUCGAAACGAAGGAAAACCUCUGAAAAUGCAUACUGCCACCAGCGGCGGUCGCACGGUCGAAAGACACGAGCAGCUCGUGAGCACGGCCACCGGCUGCCGAGAUCCGUUGCCGUGCUGCGCCUGGCGCGGAUGGUGCAGGCCAGAGAGGACUGCGAUGGUGCGUUUUGUGGCAAACAGGGAGAGGGCAGCCAGCGACGUGCGGAUCCUGCAAUCGAUGUGUUGGCCAGAUCGUGUCCAAAUCGCCGCCGUCAUACGUUUAUGGCCGUGCCCGUGGCGCGACGGAGCGUUGUGCGGAUGCAUGGCCUUUUCAUUUGGAGGAGGGGCAAGGAGCGGCGAGUGAGUGCAGUGCGGGGGGCACGGGAUAUCUUGACCAAUACAUGGCUCUGUUGGCUCGUGGGGUACAUCGAGGGCGCCAGAAGCCUUGGCGUUGGCUUGCAGCAGCGUCGAUGAUGGCGGAGAGUGAUGGAAUCCAUUCGGAGCCGGCUAGAGCUGUGGCGUUUGAGUACUCCAAUGGCCAUGGCACGGAUUCCGGCGCCGAACGUGUCGAGCACGAUGCUGCGAAGUGUCAUCGCAAAGGCUUCAGCGCGACGUUCCACACAUUGGCGCGGGUCAAGUCGUAGUAGUGGAGGCGCUGCCUUCGCUUGGACACGAGGUCGCCCGUCAGCGACAGCGCGUAGAUGCGAAAGAGGCGGCGCUGGCAGAGCACGUUUAGGACGAGGAACAAGUACUGGUUAAUGCCCACGACAUACUGGUCGUUCACCACGACAAACCCAAGGAGCCACACGCCGGACGGAGACACAAACAGUUGCUUGGUGUGCAUGUGCAUGUAAUCCUUGGUCGGCGCGACGAGCCCCACCUCGUCGGCCGCGAUGCGCCCGACGCUUCGCUCGAACGCCGUGUUGUCGUUUCGAUCGGCUUCGUUCAGCUCGUCGUACAACGUCGAGCGCCUCGUCCAGUGGGUCGUUUGGUAGCCGUGUCGGCGACAGUCCCACGGAGACGUCAAGAACGCCUUGAGCCGACGGCAUGGAUGUCUCGGACGACGCUUCGGUAGCACGGCAGGGGGCGACACCGCUCGCAUGGCGUCGUAUUUUUGGCGGUACACGAGCGCCGACCAUGCCGCCGCCGCUACCACAUACACCAACGAACAUCCCACCGCGACCACGAGCCACGUGCACUCUGUCGCAAUCAACAAGAAGUUCGUCUGGGAAUUGUCAUGCAUCGCCCACAAAUUCAUCCCGCCGUUGCCGUCGAUGAUGUUGUCGUCAAAGUUUCGUGCGAGGAACGCGUUUGUGUCGUCGACGCCGAUCCCGCACCAGUUGAUCAAGUCCAACCGGCGGGCAAAGCACGCCAUGUACACGACAACGACGACGGCGAGGUGGAUGCGAACCCCGACCGCAUCGGCGGCAAUCGACGUGAUUGCGAGGCACACCAUGAUGCCGUCGGCCCGCGUCAUGUCCUCGAGAGCGAGUGUGCCCAUGAGGCCCGUGCGGUAGUUGCCCUGGUUCAUGCAAGACUGAUGCGCGUACCACCACGAUCCCAUGAUGCAGUCGAGGAAGAGCAAGCCUGCGCGGAUCGUCGCGCGGCGCUGGAUCGACGGGUACAGGUCCGGGAGCCACACCGUCCGGUCGCGGCGGUACAUGUUGGCCAUGACCAAGAUCGCCACGAUCGCAUUCACCAUCAAGUUGGACCCGAUCCCGAUCCCGAGGAAGCAGCGAAACCACCCCCAUGAGUCUUUAAAGUAAUACGAGUUGACGUACUCGACCGUGCCGGCGUACGCGAUCGGGUCGGGAAACAGCGUCCAGUAAUAGAAGUCGACGUUGGCUUGGAUGUGCGGCGACUUGCGGUAGAUGCCUUCGGUCCCCCCAAACGACACGCGGUCCCCCGUGCCCGUCAUCCGCCCCGUCCAGUGUCCUGCCGACGGCACCAACGCGUCAAGCGUGACCAAGUGAAAGUCCCCCGCGUCGUACGGGAACGUCGACGACAGGGCCGCAAAGUACGUGGCGUCUUCCGACGACACGACGAUCGGUCGUUCGUUCGUGUUGUCGGUGGUGGUGGCCGACAGCGCGGCCACGGGGACCGUUGUCCAAAUGGCGACCGCGCCGGACGUCGACCGGUGCUGCCGAUGAAGGUCCAAGCUCAGCGUCUGGAUGAACAACGUGGUGAACGUCGCCAGGUGCUUGUCCAGCACGUGCGCUUUGAAUGUCGACGUGUCGUUUUUGAGCCGGCCGUCGAACCCGCAGUCGACAACAAUAUAUGACGUCGAUCGAUUCGAUGGUGGCAUGUCCGCCAUGGCUUCGUCGAGCAUCGCGCGCGCAAACGACUCGACGUACAGGUAGUCUGCGGCCGUGGGAUGUGUGCACAUGCGUGCGCGGAUCUCGAGCGCAUCCGUGGCGUUGUUGCGGUCGAGGUAGACCAUGGCCGGGUUGCCGUCGGCAAUGGCAGCCAGCGUCGUGGCGACGUCGUCUGGAAACUGCACCAGCGUCGACAGAAACUCGACGAUGCUUGGACUCUUGUACGCAAUGCUGACCUCGGCAUCCAUCGAGAUCCCGACAAGCAUCGCCCGCGUUUGCCGCGACCCCGUGACUUCGAAGUAGAGCACGACCAUCGCGGCAACGCACGCCAGCAACCGCGACGCGUGAAGGUAUGCCCUUCGAACCAAGCGCUUCGCCAUGCGUUUUUGACGCCGUACGCGCC